AUGGCGCCCGCCACGGCCGACCCCGCCACGCCCCCGCCCCCGCCCCCGACGACGUCGCCGUGGGUUAUCCUCGGCAGCAUCCCGCGCGUCGCCGAGAUCGAGGGCGGCGCCGACCUGUCCAUCUCCCCGCGCGUCUUCCCGGACCGUCCGACGCCGCGGAACUUCCCGUUCUCCUUCUAUUGGCGCGACUCCGACCCGCGCUACUUCGUCCUCGACGCCGCCACGGGCUCCGCUCUCCGCCUCCCGGCCCCGUCCCCGCAUGAGCCCGUCGAGCACCAGGCGCUCCUCGGCCUCCUCGCCUGCCCCGGCGGCGGCGGCCGCUACGUGGUCGCCGAGCUCCUGCCGCUCAUCGGCAGCGACACGGCGACCCUCCGCUGCUACUACUCCGACGUCGGCGAGUGGGUCGAGAAGCGCGUGCGCUACCCGCUCCCGCCGCGCCCGCUCGCGCCGCUCCGCACGCUCGCCCUCCACGGCAGGCUCUGGUGGGCCGACUACUCCUGGGGCGUCAUCACCGCUGAUCCCUUCGCUGACCAACCCGUGCUCGGCUUCGUCCCGCUGCCCCGCCCCUGCGUGCUCCAGAGCAGGGAGGCCUGGGGGGUGCUCGACCAGUUCCGCUACGUUGGGGUCAGCGCUGGCAACCUGCGCUUCGUCGACAUCUACCGCCGGGGAGGCGGCCCCAACAAGGUCACCGUCUGGACCCUGCCCCACCCGUACGCCACGGAGUGGAUGCUGGAGCAUGAGGCCACCUUCGCCGACAUCUGGGCUGACGACACGUACAAGGCCACUGGCCUCCCCAAGAAGCCCCCCGUGCUCGCGCUCAUCCACCCCCUGAACCCCGCCAUCGUCUACUUCUUCCUCGAGGACCACCUCUUCGCUGUCGACGUGCCCGCCCGCAAGGUCGUCGAGCGCGACCGCUACCACCUGGUGGCGCCACCCCGCGACUACGACAUGGCCAACCGAUUCGUCCGCGCGUGGGUGCUGCUUGGUGCAGUCUCCUCAGGUUUGUACCGUGCCUUGCCCUGA